GCCACUUUCGUUGGUCUCCAGUGGCGCCCAGAAUAGCAGCUGAGCUGCUGCUGCUGAAACCGAAGGUAACUCGAUCUGCGCCCCUCCAUGAUAUCACCGCCUCAUCGUUGACCCCCUCCCCCCUCCUCCUGCCCCUCUGAAGGAGAGGAGGGCGACCCGAAGCGCUGUCAGAAAACAUAUAUCUACCCCUCUCCCACCCCCCUCCAUGCUCCUUUUCCUUUCUCAUCCAUCAACAACUUCCUCUAUCUCUCUACCACAUUUUCCACACAAACUAUCAUCAUGGGUUGGUUCGACUUCGGCGGUGACGAGCAGCAGGCUCACGAGCAGCUCACCAACUACGACGGUUCCGAGGAGCACCAGGCCAAGUUCAGCCACGAGCUCAUCGCUGGUGCCGCUUCCUUCGAGGCCAUGAAGGCCUACGAGGAGCACCAGGAGCGUAACGGCAAGCCCGAGAGCCACGAGAUGGCCAAGGAGCUCCUUGCUGGCUUCGCCGGUGCCUUCAUCGACCGUGAGGUUGAGACCAAGGGCUUGGACUUCAUCGACCGUGAGAAGGCCAAGCGCCAGGCUGAGCGUCAGCUGGAGGAGGCUUCCCGCCAGGACUUCUACUAA